AGCAGUGAACAUCGCGCCGUUAUUCCCACGGGAUGCAAAUGCGCGCGCUUUUGUGAUCAAACUAGACUCGGUCCAGUUUAAGCUCCGUUCCUGUAUUAACGUCGCGACGCUACAUAGCACAACACAUGCCGUUCACGUUGCCAUUUACGUUUUGCCGAAACAGUUCAACAUCCAGUGCGUGACAACUUAAAACGGAGCGAUAAAUGGGGUCAUGAUUACACCAAACACCGCAUCCAAAAGUGAAACGCUCAAAGUUGAUUGCAAAAACGGGAUAAAUGUGUUGGUUUGUGCAACAGUUUUGGAAUAAUCAAAAGAAGUUAGAUAUGUCCAGACGGAAGCAAGCCAAUCCUGCCAAAUUAGAUCCUCAGGAGGAGGACGACCUAGAAGCACAGCACUUGAGACUAGCCGAAGAUGAAACGGCUGCCAGUUCCGCAUCCGGUGGUUCUGGAUGUGGCGAAACUCAGCCUUUUGACGAUGAACAAGUACAGGGAGAUCAAGAUCAAGAUACCAAACCCGGACCAUACAAAUGCACGGUAUGUGGAGAAAAUUAUUUAAAAGAAAAACUGCUCAGGGAGCACGAACAGAGUCACACUGACCAUCUGCAAUUCACUUGUGCUUAUUGUCCUCGGCUUUUCAAGCACAAGCGAUCGAGAGAUCGCCACACGAAGCUCCACACUGGGGAUAAAAAAUAUAAAUGUCAGCAGUGCGAUUCCGCCUUUUCACGAAGUGAUCAUCUUAAAAUUCAUAUGAAAACACAUGAUAGUCGUAAACCAUAUAAAUGUGGUACAUGCAAUAGGGGCUAUAACACCGCCGCAGCUCUCUCGUCGCAUCAACAAAGUCACUUGAAACAAGAAUCUAGGUCCGGAAGUCGCACGAGUGGAGGAAGCACUCCCAGCCCCGGACUUUUCCGGUGCACUCAUUGUGCCGAAACUUUCGGAAAACCGGAUCUGCUACAGAGUCAUGUCGCAAUGGUCCACAGCGACACGGACUCGUCGCUAAGCCAAACUCCGGAGCCCUUAUCAGAGUAUCAAAACCAAAUCGAAGACCUGAAAAUCGUUUGCAUGUACUGCUCGAAGGAGUUCCCCAGUUUGGAGCUGAUGUACCAGCACACAAACAUCGCCCAUCGUGACGUCCCCAACGGCGUUACAACUUCCGUUUCCGUCUCCUCCCCCGCGAUCCAAAACUCCCCAAAACCGGAAAUUUGCCAAAACGGAACACCAACCUACGCCUGUGAUAGAUGCACGAUGCAAUUAGACUCGUUGCAGAACUUGAAAAACCACAUAAACAACGUACACUGGCGUCCGGCUCUCUCGCCAAAUCCCGUCAAUUUCAUGGGGAUUGAGAAAAGCUACUCCCCGUUCCAGACCCAACCGACCGACCUGAGCCGCAAGAAGAAAAGCGAGGACAGUGCGGAGAAAGCGGUCAAGAAGAAGAAAGACCAGCACUCCCCCACUGCCAUCAGUCCCUACGACUCCAACGACAAGCCCUGCAUUUGCUCGUGUUGCUACGCCCAACUCCCAAACUUCAAAAGCUUCCUCCAUCACAUGGAGUCGCACGUAAUCUCCUCGAACAACUCCCUCCUCGGCUUCUGCCCCGUCUGCGGCGAGCCUGGCCGGGACCCCGUCUCGUUCACCAACCACAUUUUUAGCCACGCUAUUGCUCAAGUACCUGGCCGGUGUUGCUACACUUGCAAGAAGUCCUUCGAAAGGCUGGAAGAGCUGCAGAAGCACCUGUUGGAAGUCCACGUCGUGUCGGUGUUCAAGUGUUCCAUCUGCAACGAUAUUUUCGAUACGAAGAUUUCAAUGCAGUUGCAUCUGACGAACAAACACAGCGACGAAUGCAAGCACUUCAAGUGCUACUUGUGCACGAAUCAGGUGUUUCACGAUCGACUUUCGGCAGAAUUGCACAUCUCCAUGAAGCACUACCAGCAGUUCACGCCGUGUGUUGGUGCCAACCAACUGCUACGGUCGCAAUACCAGGAGUUGGACACCAGGUUUCGCGACUAUAACAUGAUUUUCCAGUGCACGUUCUGCCACAAAACCUUCAAGGACCAGUACUCGCAGUAUAUCCACAUUUUGAAGGAGCACAACGAAAGCAAAGAGGGUGAAAAAUUCAUUUUGGAUUCAGCAAUGAACCCAAAUCCGUCCAGAUCGCCCAACUUCAUGUUCCCCAAAAUCGUGACCCCUGACCACGUGGAGCCCCUGGAAUCGGUCUACACUUGUGAUAUAUGCAACCGCAGUGAUAUAACCUCCGAAUCGGACCUAAUAAACCACAAGAAGCUCCACCACAGCAGCAAGAACAAGAUCGGUCCCGUGAGCCUCCAGUGCGCCUACUGCAACGAGUACUGCAAGUCGCGCACGGACCUGGAGAACCACAUGAAGACCCACCAAGUGACCUGCGGCAAAGGCAAGCACAAGUGCAACAUCUGCGACGAGAUCUACUCCUCCACGUUGACCCUCGCCGACCACAAGCUCACCCACUGCAAGAUCGUCGAGGGGAACAGUUGCGUCCAGUGCAAGUCGGUGCUAACCGACGAGAACUCCUUCUACAGCCACCAGCUGCAGCACAGCAACCCGGGGAAGCCCAACUCGCAGAUCUCGCUCCCAGCGAACUGCAUCAUCUGCUGCCAGACGCUGCAGACGGACGUGGAGAUCAAGCUCCACGCCAAGUUCCACCUGAAGCACCUGACGCAGAAGGAGUACAUGUGCGGGGUCUGCAGCAAAGUGUUCGACAGCCAGGGGCAGCCCGCCAACGACGUCAACAUCGUCGUGUGCAAAGACUGCGCGAAGAGUGAGGACGAGGGGAAAAAAGUGCCGAAACAGUUCGCGUGUAUCCAGUGCCCCCAGACUUUCGACAGUGAAAGUGACGUGCAAAACCACGCUGCCAUGCACAUGCUGAACGAGGGGACGAACCUGGAGUGCCGCUUGUGCAAGCAGGUCUUCUCGUCGCCCCUCAAGCUGCAGACGCACCUAAUCGAGCACAACUUCUACGGAAUGAACCAGUAUAGUUGUUACGUGUGUUCCUCGGUUUUCACGGCAGCUAGCGGUCUGCAAAGCCACAUAAUCGGGCAUGGGCUGGACAGCAGACCCUAUGAGUGUUCGCAAUGCCAGAUGAAGUUCUUCUUCCGGGCCGAGUUGGAUAAUCAUAGGUUUGUGCACCUCCAGAAGAGCUAUCCGAUUCACAACGGGGGCGAGAUCUACGAGAACAAGCCAAGCCCCCGGUAUAAAAUCUGUAAAUACUGUUCGAACUCGUAUCUGGACAACUCGUUUUUCGUAGAACAUUUGAAUCAGUGUCCCUUCAGGAUAAGUCCGAAACGUGAGACUUUCGAUAAUGAAGUAGACAAUAAUAUUAAACAAGAAGUAACAGAGAUCGCGUCGGAGGAAAAAGAUGAGCAAUAAAAUCGUUGUAGGACUAACUAGGACUUUUAUACGUACUUUUAUUUAUUAAUGGGUUUAGGCAGUAGGAUGGAAUUGUGAUAAUUUUUAGUUGUAGUAGGGUGAAUGGUAUUUAUAUCCAGUUUGCACGCAAUUAUAUAUGAAACACAUCAAAUGGGUCCACUAUAGUUAUAGCGUUUAUUUCACUUGUCAGAGACUUUCGUUCCCUGUUUUGUACAUUGUUACCACCAGUAAAGUACAAACCGAAACAGAGGCGGAUUAAGUUGACUGGGGCCCAGAGACCCCAUCAAAAAAGGGAAAAAUGACUUUGAUUUAAUCGUAAACGACAAAAUGGUACAUUAUUCACUGUUUACCUUAUAGUAAAAUGAAAUUUUUAAAUAAAAAUAGAACGAACGGUUUUAUGUAAAAACGAAUAAACAUUUUUUUUUUCAAAUUGGUUUUAUGGGUUUCGCUUCCUUGCAAGGUUAGUCUAGAAAAAUUAAAGCAUAAAAUUGAAGAGUGUUAGUUUUUGCUUUUGAAUCGCGGACUGUGACCGUGACUGGCCCUUAAUCCGCCUCUGCACCGGCCAGCAAUUUGACCAAAGAUGCGCCAAUGAAACACAAGGGAAAGGGAAUAAAUAACAGUUUAUUUUUUCAAAAUUUCACUACAGGUUUGGCGUCCUGAGCGACUCCUCGCUCAGCUGCCGGAACGUCUCUCUGAAAGUCAUCCAGCUCUGCAGCACCGUCCAUUAGACUUAUUUUGUUGAUUUAUGGAUUGUUCAUAGUUACAGUGUUAUUAUUACUAUUACUAAUGAGAACGUAUAGGAAAUCAGUUUUCGCUAAUUUGCAUUCCUUAUAUUGUUUCUGUUAAGUUUUGAUUUAAACUCAAUAAAAAAUUCAAUGCA